UACACAGGCCCUGCCCCCUCUCAGGUAAACUGCCACUGUGAGUUGCAUUUAAACUUUAAUCCAGGUGCAUCACAGCUUGAGUCUAAAAACCAAGGGACUACUGACUAUGACAACACAUGAACUUCAUACUUUAUGCUAUGGAUAAAAUACGCCCUGCUCUGUUCUUCAUACUGUGUUUGGUAGUCCCCAGUUCGUCUUUAGAAAUCCUGAAUCGACAAAAAAGAGACUGGAUCAUUGAUUCCUUCAGUAUUGACGAAGACUAUGAUGGAAGCUACCCAUACAACCUGGGAGUGGUUCGGGUUGAAAAGAAAUUCAGCGUUUUCAUGAUACAUGGUCAGGGUGUGGAUAUAGAACCCAAAAAUAUUUUGCAAAUCCAUGAAGACACAGGAUUAGUUACUGUCCAUGGCCCCGUCGACUACGAGAAUUUCAAAGUUUUAAAGCUCACGUUUCAGGCCUUUGAUCGAAAAAAAAAGGAAAUAGACACACAGCUUGCAGUUGAGAUAAUAAUUAACGACGCAAAUGACAACCCUCCAAAGUUUGAGCCUGAUAGGUACGAGGUUACCAUAGAAGAGUCAAAACUACAAGGCUCUGAAUUGCUUAUCAUUAAAGCAAGCGAUGACGACAGCAAUGAGCAAAACAGAUUAUUUGAUUUCAAAAUAAUCUCAGUCAUUCCUGAACCAACUGACCUGGAGUUCUACUUAACACAAGUCCAAUCAACUGCAACCAUUUCAUUUAAAGGAUGUCUGGACCAUGAGAUAGCCGAGAGCUACAUCAUUAAAGUGGAGGCCAAAGACCGUGGAGAAAAAGUCCAGCUCUCGAGCUUUGCCACUGUCAUUAUCAACAUAAAAGAUGGAAAUAACCAUCUACCUGUGAUAACAGGACAAUCAGGUACAGGGAGUGUGAAAGAAGGGCAGGAAAAUGUUCUUGUUAAACGUGUGCAAGUUACAGACCAAGACGAAAAAGGUUCAUCGGCCUGGAGAGCCAUAUAUCAAAUCGAAGGAGACGAAAACGGGAACUUCAAAAUCACUACUGAUCCUGAGACAAAUGAAGGACUGUUGUAUGUAGAAAAGCCUCUGGACUAUGAAGACAGUCAUGAAAAACAUUUGAAAAUCAGUGUACAGAAUGAGGUGCCAUAUUUCUCAUGCAAGGUGCAAAAAAAAUACACCGCCGGUCUUUGGGAUGUCAUCACUAUUGGCGGUGGUACUGGGAAAGAAACAGCACAUGUGUCCACUACCGAAGUGACAGUGAUUGUGGAGGAUGUCAAUGAUCCUCCAAUCUUUGACUUAGCUGAAAAACACGUUACGGUGGCUGAAAAUACCAAGGCCGGGUUCUAUCUGGCAACAUUUACAGCUACAGAUCAUGACACUUCCAGUGCCAACACAUUUGUAUACACAAAAGCAGACGACCCGGCUGAUUGGAUAACAGUGGACCCCAAGACUGGAAAUAUAACCACAACCAAGAUAAUAGACCGAGAGUCCUCCUUUGUGAAAGACAAUAUUUAUAAGGUCGCAAUAUAUGCUGUUGACAAUGGUGUUCCUCCAUUGACAGGGACUGCAACCCUCAACAUCCAUAUUAUCGAUGAAAACGACAAUGUUCCACAGUUGACUGAAAGAAAUGUGGACAUUUGCCAAUCUGAUAAACUCUCUUGGGCCAACAUCACAGCCUUCGACCUAGAUCAAGACCCUUAUGGUGGACCUUUCUCCUUCAAGCUCCUGGAAAAAGAGAAGGGCAAGUGGAAGUUUGACCGUACACAAGGGUAUACAACCAACCUGGUGAAGGAGCACACAAUUCAUUCUGGAGAGUACGAUUUGGUGCUUGAGGUGUCUGACCUCCAGGGCGAGAAAGCAGUUUACAACCUGUCAGUUGUUGUGUGUAACUGUGUUGACAUAACAAAGCCAAAUUGCCGCAACCGCAAAGCUAAGGUCUCUGUAGUAGGAGAAGGAGCGCUUGGGAUCAUAUUUCUUAGCAUGCUACUGCUUGCAGCUAUGCUACUCUUGAUUUUUCUGCUGCAAUGUACGAAGGAGCCCUUACCAAUGCCACCUCAUAAUGAUUCAAGUUUAGGACAACUGAUACAGAGUAACAUUGAGAAACCUGGAACUGAUUGCCAAGUGAAUUUUGGGAAUCCCAGUCAGAAUCACAAGAAAUUUCCAGAACAGCCAUCAAGUGAUGGGACAUGGUUUGAUCCCUUGAAAAGACCAGAGCAGAGGGACCCUUGGUACUGGUUGGCAAUGGAGCAAAAAUAUCGAUUUUGGUAUUCUUGGCAGAAGGCUUUGGCUCUCCACGACGGAGACAUUAGUGCGUUGCAACAUACAAACAUACGCCCAAUACUACAACAAAAGCUGUAUGCCCUCAGUGCACCAGAAGAGGAGCUGGGUGAUUAUGAUGCUCAGAUUUACGCUGAGGAAGGAGACGAUAAUCAUAUCUUUGAUCUUGAUGCCAUCUCCAUCCCUGAUAUUGCCUUUGACCAAGACCUUGUCCUGGAUUACAGGUUCAAUACUCUGGCUUCAGUCUGCAGGUCGAGUAAGAGCACAGCCUACAGUACAAAACUAGAUACUCAAAGUUUGAAGAAGCAACUAAGAUCCAAGUUGAAAGCCUAAAAUGAACACUCCAUAUCUGAAUUUCUUUUUUUUAUCAAGUUAGUAAUUUCAUAUAAUAAGUUUAACCAUAUAUAUGGAGGGGAAAAAAGGAAAACUGGUACAUUGGCCAGAAUUGGUUACUUUUGUGAAAUAAGGUUUGCAUGAUUCCAUUGUUUACAACAGGACUAGCUUUCUUAACUUAUAUUAUUUGGGGAUUUUGAAAUAAUGGACUUUUUAUUCUUUCAUACAAGCAAUCUUCAUGGCAGAUAGGGAAUUUACAGGGUUUCUUGAGGACUAGAAAGCAUGAAAUAAGGUCUAUUAUACAAAUAGAUUUUUUUUUUAACACUUUUGAUAAAUGGGAAAACCUUUAGCUUCUGAUGUCAUCAUACUCUUUUCAGACAUUAAGGUUGGGAUUGUGUCAUAAGGAUGAUGACAUUUGAAUUUACUAUUAUAACACAGGGGACUAUAUCUCAGGAGGUUAGCUCUCAAAGCAUUGACUGAAUAUGAAAGAUGAUCAAAACUGUUCAUUUAGAGCAGUUACAACAGUUCAAACUGCAAGGAUAAUGGCUGCCUAUCGUAUUUAUCUUCAGAAAUGUUUUGUUUGUUUAGCCUUUAACUUGCACUUUCUUCAAUUUAAAAAGUAAUAAUUUACUAACCCUUGCCUCAUUGGAUGUUUAAUGUGAUUACUGUGUUGAAAGCAACUGCAACUUUCACCCUGUAUGACUUUCUUUUCACCACUGUUAUUCAACCUGUUUUCAAGAACCGUACAAUGUGUCUUAGAUAAAAUGUUGGUCUGAAUUUCAUUACAUUGAAAGUUGUUGAAAUGUAGGGUAAUGUCUUGGGGUGUGCCAGGGUCACGGUAUGCAGAGUUGCGAUUUCGUAUCCAAUCUGCAAAGGUGUUUCAGUGUGUUAACAAAGCAAUUCCAAAAAAGCAUGAUGAAUAGUGAUACACCCUGAUUCCAAGGUACUAUCAGUCAAACAUUGCACGGUGGUCAUACCGGUUUUGUUUUUGAUAGCUGUGAUCGUGUGCGGUUUUGUGGGAGUUGCCAAGAAAGACAUGCAUGUAUGUUUUUGUUGUUUUUAACCAACUAACUAAUUAACCGUUAAGCCGUGCACACACUGUUUUUCUUUGGAAAUAAAAUGGUAUUGAAAGCUAAAAAUGUUGUGGUGAA